CUCGCUCCUUUAUGUCCUCUUAUUACCACCAUCGUUAUCAUCUUCAUCAGAUUCAAACCUUCAUUGUUGUCGUCGAAUAAUAAAGCUAUCCUCAUACCAGCACAUGAACUGUUUUUUUUUUUCCUUUUUUUUCUUUUUUAUUUCACUUUUAUGAAGUAAACCUAGAUUCAGAGUUCUUUUCUUCCCCUUCAAAAUCUUUAACUCGAUCUAGAUUGUUUAUAUGAACACAAAAACACAACCUCUAGUAUUCAAAUUAGAAAUACAGGGAGAUGGAGAAAGCAAUGCUAUUAUGAUUUCUUAGAAUCUGUAAAAUUAAAUCUCCACUGAAAACCCUAGAUUUGGUAUGACCAAAUUGAAAACUAUCUUCUUCGUUGUGGAUUCCGAGAAUCAACAUCAGUGAUUGAAUCAUGAAUAGCAGUUCUAAUGGGUUUAAGAGAUUGGGUUUUCCCCAAUUUUGAAUCCACAAAUAGGGUUACAGGGCUGUGAAGAUGAUGGAGUUGAUCUGGAGUUAUAGGAACAUGAAUUGGUGGUAUCUGAUGAUGAUGGUGAUGUAUGAAGCUGUUUAUGGUGCUGCUUGAUGCUGAUGGAAAAAUGGCAUAACAUAUUUCCAGAUUUCUAUGAGCAGCCUACAAACAUAAUUAGAGUAAUUCUGGGUGCUCGGACUUCUAUAUCUUGGUCUCGAGCUGCUCUUAAAUACAUCAUUUUGGUACUUUAUGGACAUAUGGAUGAUGUACUAGCUGCAUAUAAGUGAAUAUUUCCUCGCAGUCUCACUGGUUAGAAAGAUGGGCAUGAGAAGAUGUUCAAAACUGAUGUUUUAUUUCCCAUCUUUAUCGAAUAUGAUGAGGAAGUUGAUUUCCGAGUAUCUCCCUGCCAGGAUCUCCAGGCUCCUUCGAGUGGGAAGGAUUUCAGAUAAGGCAUUCAUGAGCAUGACUAUUUCAUUUGCUACACCAAUGAGAGGAUUUCAGAAAGUAGGAAGACCAGUCAUAGGGUUAGAUGCAUGUCAUCUAACUGGAAAGCGUGGUGGUGUUCUAAUGGCUGCAACAACACUUGAUGGUCAUAAUAAUCUUGUGCCUUUAGGCAUUAAGGUCUUUCAGAGUGAAACUAAGGAGAACUGGACUGGGUUCCUCAACGAUUUGUCUCCAGCAAUCAAUGCACAUCAUGCUGAAAGAAUUACCUUUAUUUUCGAUAGGCAGAAAGGCUUGUUGGAAGCUGUUCCUAAGGUUUUCCCUAGUGCAAGAGUUAGAUAUUGUUUCAGGCACUUAUACAAGAACUUCAAGAAAUACUACAAGGCACCAACCUUGCACAUCUCAUUGUGGAAUGCAUGCAAAGCUUACAAAGUAAAGCAUUUUCAGGAGCACUUUGACAGUAUAUGCAAAGAAAAUGCUGAUGCUGGUGAAUAUCUUAGGAAAGAAGAUCCAAGUACUUGGUCUAGGGCCUAUUUUGAUCCCCUUAGCUGUUGUGAGCAUAUGAAUAACAAUUUCUCUGAAUCUUUUAAUUCCAUGGAUUCUAAUAUGAGAGAUAAACCUAUAAUCCAACUAGGCAUAAUAUAUGGUCAGUUAUUCAUGGGUUUGUUAUUUAAGAGAAUGGAAGAAUCUGCUAAGUGGAAUGAAAAUGGUUUGGUCCAUGUUGCUGUUAAAUUGAUAAAUAAGAUGCUUGACUUGGUUGGAAAGUUUGAUACAGAAGGAAGUGUGGUUGGAAAAGUUUAUUUGAUAACUAAUGUGAUCACCAAGAAAAUAUUCACAGUGAAUAUUAUAGACAAACAAUGCACUUGUUUGCAAUGGCAGCUAAGGGGAUUCCCUUGUCAACAUGUUGUAUGUGCAUUGAAACUGCUGAGGCCAAACUGGAAAGAGCAACCAUGAACGUCAACGUAAACCCUCCUCCUUAUCAGAGAAAAACUGGAAGACCAGCAAAGAAGAGGAAGAGAAGUUAUGAUGAACCUGAAACUGUGGUGAAGAAAAGGAAGUGUGGAAAAUGUGGAUCUAUUGCUGGCCACAACAAUAGAACCUGUGCUGGUGAUGAUGUUGGUAAAAACCAAACUGGAUUCAAGCCAAGCACUGAGUAUGAUGCUGCAAACUACACCUUCACACAGAGAGAUCAGCCUGAAAGUAGCACUGCAAGGGGUAAAGCCAAGGUGAACAGAUCCAGAGGUACAUCAUUUUUUGUUAGUGAGUCAUCUGCAGGACCUAGCACUCAAGGAAGACCAGUAGCAGGACCUAGCACUCAAGGAAGACCAGUAGCAGGACCUAACACUCAUGGAUCUACACAAGAUAAUCAAAAUUUUAGUCAGAAUUUUGCUGGUAUUGGAUCUGUCAGUCAACAUCUUUCUGUCACAAAGGGAAAGCAAACCAAGGCUAAGAAGACUAGGAAGUAGAAGUGUGUGUUCUUUAUUGUUUGUUUUAGAUACGUUGUGGACAAGUAUCUAAUUGAUGGUUAGUUUUUGUGGUUGCUUUAGACACUGAUUCUGGUCUGGACAUGUAUAUGUACCAGAAAUCAGUUUUAUUUUGAUGGGAUAAUCUUGCUUUAUGAAUGAAAAUGAUAUUAGUUAGAACUAA